AUGCCAUUAUUUACACGUGAUUUUGUUUCAUGUCAUAUUAAACUAUUUGAAUCACAUUUAUACAAUGAUCCAGUUAUGCUUAUUUGUAGUCAUGUUUUUUGCCGUUCAUGUUGUUUAGAAUUAGCUAAAAUGAGCAAUAAUCAAUCAAUCAUAUGUCCAAUUUGUUCAACUCGAAUUCCAUUUGAUAGUCUUGAUCGAUUUGCUAAUAGUCUUAUAUCACAUGGUACAUUAGCAACUAUGGUUAAACAAUAUUUACGAGAAGAAAAUAAUCAUCGUAUGUGUGAUUCAUGUCAAAAUCAUUAUAUAAGUGAUAAUAAUGGAAAAUUAUGUAAAAAAUGUCAAAUAGAUAAUGAAAAUAUUAAAAAGAAAAUAAUGAAAACAAUAGAAAAUUGUGAAGAUUUAAUAACAAAUCAAAAAUCGAUAUCAUUAGAAAAAAUUCAUGAACAAGCAAAUCAAUUAUAUGAUAUAAUUGAUCAACAAACAAGAAAUUUUUGUAAACAAAUUGAUAAAUAUCAAGAAGAACUUGAAAAUUUAUUAACAAUACAACAAAAAGCAAAUGACAUUAAUGCAUUGAAACAUCAACCAAUUGAUAUUAAUGCAAUAUCCAGAUCAAUUGAACCUCGAUUAAAUGCUUUAAGAAAUAGCAAAGAUUUUCUUGAAAAUAUCAACGUUGACAAAGAAAUUAAACGUUUAAAUGAUGUAGCUGAUCGACAAUUACGAUUACUCAAACAUAAAGCAGAUAUAAUACCAAUACUUAGUGCUCCAAUGGAAAAUUCAUCAAGCAAUAUAUUUGGUGAACUUCUUUUCAAACCAGUCGAAUUCGAAUCUAAAAUAUCAAAUUCGUCAUCUGAUCAAUCAAUGAUAAAUGCUUAUGGUGAUACAUCACUUCAAUCAAUUCCACCAAAAUUACCUAUGUGGACAGUAAUUAUUAAAGCACUUCCCACUCAUCUAUGUAUUUAUCCAGUUGGUAAAUCAACCAUAAUAUUUAGUUGUAGUACAAAUGGUAUUAUAUCAUUAUUAACAUAUAUUUCACCAGUUACAUAUGAUUCUCCACGUUAUAUUCGAUCAUUUAAUCUUUUUCCUGAACAAAUUCAUAUUAUUGUUCAAUCAUUUACUGUAUUUAAUCGUUAUAUGCUUUUACAUGUACAUCAAAAAUAUGAUAAUGGUUCACUUUUUUUCUUUACACAUGAUGGAAUACUUGAACAUGGACCUGUUCAAUUAUCAAAUCCUAUACGUCAAUAUCUUGCAGAUGAAAAUCGUCUAUGGGCUAUUGAUUCAAUAACACAAACAAUAUUUUAUCAUGCACAACCAUUAUUUACACAUGAAAUAUCAUCAAUACUUUCAAAACGUGAUAAUUUUAUUUCAUUUGAUAAUAAAUCAAAUUUUAUACCAUUUCGUAUUGCAUUAAAUCAUCAAUUAUUAGCUAUACUUAGUAAAGAUUUACAACAAGUAUUUAUUUAUAAUAAAAUUUCUCGUGAACGAAUAUUUACAAGUCAUUUCAGUGCUGGUACAAGUAUGAAUAUAUGGGAUAUUGGUUUAUUUCCACGUGAUAAUAGUUUAUUACUUAAAUUUGAUUGGUCAUUUGAUGGAACUGUAAAACGUUCUUUAUUUAUACAUUUUAAUACAAAAAAUCAAUCUGUGGGACGAAUUGAAGGUAAAUAUUGUUUAGGUGUAGUGAUUGGACCUAAUAAAGAAAUACUUAUUGGUUUUAAUCUUAGAACAGGUAUUAUAAGAUGUUAUAUGUGA